AUGUCUAGCAAUAGAGAACAGGUUUUUCCCACGCGUAUGACGCUGGGCUUAAUGAAGUCCAAGCUCAAAGGUGCAACCCAAGGCCAUUCGCUUUUGAAGAGGAAAUCGGAGGCUUUGACCAAACGAUUCCGUGAUAUCACGAAGCGGAUCGAUGAUGCCAAGCAGAAAAUGGGCCGUGUGAUGCAAACCGCGGCUUUUUCGUUAGCUGAAGUGAGUUACGCUACGGGUGAAAACAUCGGGUACCAAGUGCAAGAAAGCGUUUCUAACGCCAGAUUCAAGGUCAGAGCACGCCAGGAAAAUGUCAGUGGUGUUUACUUGCCCCAGUUCGAAAGCUUCAUCGACUCCGAAAUCAACGAUUUCAAGCUUACUGGUCUUGGUCGUGGUGGACAGCAGGUGCAGAGAGCCAAAGAAAUCUACUCCAAGGCUGUGGAGACAUUGGUGGAGCUGGCCUCGCUGCAGACCGCGUUUGUGAUCCUUGACGAAGUUAUCAAAGUCACUAAUAGAAGAGUCAAUGCGAUCGAGCACGUUAUCAUUCCACGUACCGAGAAUACCAUUGCGUACAUCAACAGUGAGCUGGACGAAUUGGACAGAGAGGAAUUUUAUAGAUUGAAGAAGGUGCAGGAGAAAAAGCUGCAACAGACAGCGGAGGUGGACGCCCAACUCAAGCGGCAAAAGGAGAGCGCUGCCAAGGAACGUGAGCAGUCCUCGGAUGCUUCAGAUUCGAAAGCCUCUGCCAAGAAGAACGACGCUGCAAAAGAAUCACAAGAAACCCCUGACAUUCUUGUUGAGCAAGAAGAAGAUGUGAUCUUUUGA